UCGAACAGUUUUUGUCAUUGAGUUUGUUUACAUUUUUGGGAGCGAAAAUGGAUAUUAUAGUCUUAAAAAAACAGCCAAAAGUGAACACUUCCUUGCCUACAAGUAGCGUUAUGAAGAAAGCAAUAGCUGAAAUGAAAGCAAAUUCAAUUCUUUGGAAUACAAAUCAUCCUGAUUAUCGAUCAUCAGCGAGGUAUAAGGCUAUUGAAGAAUCAUCCAAGAAAAUUGGAAUUACGUCUGACAGAAUGGCUAAUCUGAUAAAGUACAUAAAAAAGCAAUUGUUUCUGGAGAAGAGAAAGAUGAAAAAGAAGGCUCAAAACACAAAUCCAAAUGAAAUGGAUAAUUCAAGGGUUUGGAAAUGGUACAAACAUUGUUGGUUUAUCAAUAACUGGAAAGGGUAUCAAGCUAAGUACUUGGAUCCACCGAAACCUUCAAUAGAUUCAUUUGAGAGCCACCCGGAUGAUCCGGAACAAUCUGAACCAGAUUUGGAGGAAAAUAUCUCAACAGGAGAUCAGUCAAGUGAAGUUCCAGAUCCAGAGUCUUCCAAUCUGUUAGAUUCAGCCACUAAAGUCUACGUUGUUGAUCCAGAUACUGGAAGCUUUUCGGAGUCUGAAAAUGAAUCUAAUGAAUCCUUCCAACAUCAAUCGGAUAAUGCUGAGGAUUCUAUAGAAAUGCACAGUAAUCAUGAUAUUGAUAUUUUCAGCGAGGAAAAACCACCAGAAGUUGCAGAUAGCAAGAAUUUUCUGAUAAAUGGAGUCUGUUCAUCCCUGGAACUUCACCUCUCUAAUGAUAAAUAUACUGAAGAUGAUGUUGUAGAAUUUCAUAGUAAAAUAAUUUUAUUUAUGCAUUCAUACUUCAAGAAAAAAAUGUGAAAUAAAAAUAUUCUGUUAUCGUUU